AUGAUUCCUCUCUUCCCAACAACCUGUCUCCUCCUCUCCCUCCUCUUCAUCCUCAUCCAGCACCGCAAGGCCAUUCGCUCUAUAUUCCGGAAACAUACUCCUCGGAGUUACACCCGUCUCCCCAUCCACGAACACGAAGUCGAACUAGAUCAUCUUCACCGGCACAUCAAGCAAUGA